AUGAGUAAUGCAAACAAUAGUGCUAUGAACCACAUCACGUUGCCUCCCAUCUCGUCAUUCGACAACCUUAUCAAGGCAGCCGAGAGACAAUAUAACGGCGAGGAUUCGUCCACUUCGACGCAUCCGGCUCUGCCCAAUAUGAACAUUAGUAACGGCAGUGGCAGUGCGGGCGCAUCAUCAUCGAUGCUGAGCUAUCAGUUGCUUCCGCACUCCAACGACGUGUCCCGGUCGAAUUCCAGCUCGAGCUUCCUUCCCUCUGUGCGGCAGCCUACGGAAGGGUCCGCUUCCGCAUCGGAGACUUCUUCCUCUGCAUCUCCUUCACGUUCCAUUUCACCAAUUCUGAAAGUGGCUGCUCCUCCAUCUGUUGGCGGUGCGGGGGCCAGUACUCUCCAUAGCACCAAAAUCAAUAAGCCAAGGAAAAAGAAGCAAUGUCCAAUUUGCCGUAAUUUUUAUGCCAACCUGACCACGCACAAGGCAACGCACUUGACACCAGAGGAUAGGCCCCAUAAGUGUCCCAUCUGUCAUCGCGGGUUUGCCAGAAACAAUGACUUAUUGAGGCAUAAGAAAAGGCAUUGGAAGGAUGAGAUACUGUCCCAAUCAGGAGCACUGUCGAACCCUACCGAUGGUAAGGGCGGAUCCGUUUCUCCCAAUGAUGAUGAUACCCAUGAAAAAAUGACUCCGAUGAAUUCUGUCACAGAUUAUGCACAACUGAAAUCGUUACACCAGAUCAAGGGUACAUUUAAGUGCCCAUUCAAUUCUACCUUGAUACAAUUGGACAUGGAUAUGUACCCGUAUAAACUGAAACCUUUAAACUUUGAAACCUCAAAUUGCCAUCAAACAGGGGUGUUUUCACGUUGUGACACCUUCAAAAACCAUUUAAAAGCUUUGCAUUUUGAGUACCCGCCAGGCACAAAAAAGAAGGAUAGAAAUGUUGUUCCUGGUAGAUGUAAGCAUUGCGGCCUGAAGUUCGAAAAUGUUGAUGUUUGGCUCAACGAACAUGUAGGUAAACAAUGCGGUUAUAAGUAUCAUUGA